AUGCCCGGUGUCAUCAUGGAUAAUGCCGGCGUUGAUGGAUCUUUGCGACAUUCCGGCCUUAAUGAAGUGACAAAUGGCGCACCGAGUCGCGACAAAUCCCACCAGCUCCCUACUUCCAUCAACGGACCGGUCCAUACGAAUGGCUUGAGUAGGGAUGUCACAGCUUUGAAUCAAUCUUCAAAAAUGACCCCCCAAAGCAUGGAACACCCCGUUUCGACUCCAUUUGAGCUACCGCAUAUCACACAAGGAUUCUUUCCAUUCGGUACACUUGUGAACCGAGCAGCGCAGCAAUGUUGGAUUGACCUCUCUGAGUUGGUCACAGACUUGGCUGCAGUAUCAGUCUCCUCCCAAACAUCCUCUCUUCCAGCUACAAAUGGGAAGUCUCUGGGGAACCAGUCCGUGGAAAAUGUAAACAAGAAAGUGCGAAUCUUAGAUUUUGCACACGCCAAGAGGGCCGAAUUCAUCAAGCUCCUGGUUCUCUCACAAUGGAGUCGCCAGGCAGCAGAGGUCAGUCGGCUCAUUGAUAUCCAGGGCUUCAUUCGCACUCGACAUCAAGCAUAUACCUCCGCGGUUCAAUAUGUGGGUGAGAUGAAACGAGAUCUUGUUCGAGCGCAGGUAGCCAAUCCGGAUCUCAAAACUGCUUUAGAGGUUCUCUCCAAGGGCCGGGUAGCAACCCUUCCAGAUCUUGGCUACAAACCUCCCAAACCCUUAAAUGCAAGGGCAACGCUAAGAAAAUUACACAAAAUCAAUCGUAUCAUCAGCGUGCGGUUGGCAUUAUAUGAUCAAGUGCCGCCUCCAUUGCGGAAUUAUCGCGUCCAUGACGGUCGCGCUACAUUCACCGUACCUGGAGAAUUCGAACUUGAUCUUUCGGUUGCAGAAGAGGCAACUACAUCUCAAUUCUUUUUCGUGGACAUCCGUUUCCUCUUUUCACCAUCAUCUCCUAUACCGAAGGGCAGAAUCUUCGACCAGCUCGAUGCUAAAAUCAACGAAAUAUUACAUACUGAUGGCCUAAUGGGAUGCUUUGAUUUUCUUCAUGGUUUGGUCUUGACCAACAAAAUCAACACGCUCUUUAAACAGGCUGCAGACCUUGCUCGGGGUCUAUGGUCAGAUGCAUUGCGUAUUGAACUCCUUCAUCGAACACUGGUUGUCCAGUACUGGCCAGCAAGGACCGGACCAAAGAGCUGGCUAGAGAUCGGUGUUCAAAGAGGCCUGCGACACAAUGUUAUGAAUGAUCCUAGCAACCAAGUUCCUCGAAUAGGACUUCGCUGGAUGCGAGAUGGCCAGCAGGCAAAUAGCAAUGCUGUGCAGUUCGAUUCCAACGACCUUUCUAUGGAGCGCCUUCUGCGAAGCGUCAUCGCCUUGCACACCUCACAUUUGCUCUCCACCGCUUAUGCCGCCCUGAACAGAAGCCUUCUUUUCUCUAAUCAUGUGCUUUCACUACGGGCUCAUUUAUCCUCUACAGAACCUGGCGAUUGCUAUCUUGACGUACAAUUGACAUCCGCUCGUUCUCUUCGAGUUUCUGUCGAACCCUUGUCGGGGACCAUCACUCUGUCUGGUGCGCCAAUGACAUUGGAACGCCCUGAACACGAGCGACAUCCAAAUAAGUCGGCGAUUGAAGAGCUCCUGUCUCGUGUUGCGCGUCUACGAUGUGCCACUGCGAUUGAGGAAAUCGAAUUUGGUACUAAAGCCCUCGGCUUAGAGAGUAUUGGUCAAAGAGGCCUGGGACUUGACAUUCGUCGCCUGUUUCCUUCAAAUACUAUGCGUUCUGCCUUUUUCACCCAUCCUUUCUGGGAUCGUCGUUGGGUUGUCGCUGCCACAAGUAGUAUGGAUGGCGAUAGCUGGUGGUUGGUUCAACUUCGGUCUGCGGAAUCUAAUAACACAUCGCCUGCCCAUCCAGUCAGCACUACUCUGAUGUCCACACAACGGCGGUUCGACUACCUGGCGUGUGCAGAAUUAUUGCAUGGCCUGACAGGCAUGUUGGCAAUCUAUGCUAAUGCGCGGUUCUUGGCAGAACUACCCGACUCGCACUUUUAUCCUUCACUGGAGGGGUUGCAGCUGGGUUCAGAUCUUCAGGUACCGGACAUAAUCUUUCGCUACAAACCAGCCGCACUUCCUUCCUCUCUUCGAAUAGCAUUGCCUGCGGGGAUCGACCAGGGUUCCUAUUUGCAGGAUACUGUACGACUCUCUUUCCACGGAGUCGACCGUCAGAACCAGUCAGCUGUUCUCGUGGCCUAUGGUAGUCUCCGAUACCGUGUCAAGUCCCUUCUUUCACUAGUAUCCAAGGCAGACCCUUCAAUCCUUAUGCAAGACAAAGGUUCCGGAUUUGCCCUCCGCUUGCUCGUCCCGGCUGGAACUUCCAUCAUAAUUAGCCUCUUUGAACGCUUGCAACGGUUUGACUGCGUUCUUUCCAUCCUCCAGUCUUUGAUUAAGCAGGGAAUGAAACCCCAGUCAUUAUCUCUCUCUCAGGUUGCAUUCUUGUACGGACCCGACCAGAGUUUUGCUGCCCGGUUUGACAUCAACGUUUCUGGACCUUCUCUUUCCGAUUGUAUUGACGCACCUCACGGUCUUUCCAAGACCGAUUCUUUAUUCCGCCGACGUCUAAAGGUCACCUUUGACAGUCCCAGUCCUCAUCGUCGCAUCCAGGAGCCACUUACUGUUGCCUUGAACCAUCGUUUCUCGGAAACGGGUGUUGACUCCAUUAUUGGUUUCAUGACCGAUACUUUCCCACUCUUACAGUGUCUGGAUCAAAUCACUGUGGCCGUUCCGACGGAAUCUUCAAUCGUGCAUGUCACUGCACGCAGUCCGAUGGUCUUCCAAUUUCAUUACCCUCGAUUAAAUCAUCGAUUCCGGUUAUCUGCACGCCCCAGGCAGGGCCGUAUGGUGUGGUUACUGGAAAAUUCCAAUCGGUCAGACUCGCCCGAAGGCAGCCAUUCCGCAAGUGCUGUUAAAGACCAAAUCUAUAACUCCAAAGGCGAUGGCUGGCAGGGACUGGGUGAUGGCGCUAUUUCUUCCCUUGAGAAAAUUGGCAAUCUUCUUUACAAGCUGCAUUCGUCUCUGAGCGCAUGCCCCCCUGAGCCCAAUAUGCAAAAAAUCCAAAGGCAAGGCCAGCAGGGUAGCACAGCCGAGCAGCAACAAGCAGACGAUAUUAUCAGUGCUGCCAAAUUAGAGACUGCGUCACCUCCAAAAACAGAUGUCCUGGGCAAUGCUGAUGUCAUUACGAUUGACUAA